CCUUAUUUAUGCCUUUAAUUUGAAAUUAACAAAAGAGAAAGGAUAAGCGUUAGUUCGUAUUCAGAUCUGAACUUGAUCUCGAAAUUUGUUGUCAGAGAAAUUCAUCGAAAGCUUAUGGUGAUGAUGUUUUAUCGAUUUCAUUUAUGCUUAAACAGGGUGACCAUAUACUACUGAUAGCCGAUCUAACUGUUUUCAAGAAGGGAAAGAAAGAGCAAAGGAAUCUGAACCUUGCGAGCCAUGAAUCCCAGGAGGGAGCGUAACCAUAGAACUGCUCUCUUUGAUGGCAUUGAGGAGGGUGGGAUCAGAGCCUCCUCAUCAUACGCUUCCCAUGAAAUUGAUGAACAUGACAAUGAUAGAGCUGUGGAUGGAUUGCAAGACAGAGUCAAUAUACUGAAGAGAUUGACUGGAGACAUACACGAGGAGGUUGAGAGUCAUAACCGUGUACUGGAUCGAAUGGGCAAUGAUAUGGAUGCAUCUAGGGGUAUCCUGUCUGGAACUAUGGAUCGAUUCAAGUCGGCUUUUGAGACCAAAUCAAGCAGGAGAAUGUUUACACUUGUGGCGUCUUUCGUUGUCAUCUUCCUGAUUAUAUAUUAUCUGACUAGAUGAUCAAUGUAUUGAAGAUUUACCUAAAAAGUGCAACUGCAAGGUUUGCUAGAAUGGAAGGACCAUUAUCUCCUUCAUACAUCUAAUAUCCAACUAGAUAACAAUGGUCCCCCACUGUAAGAUAUAUCCCUGUAUGUGAGUUCACAAAGUAUGUACUCCACUGUAUUCGACUUGUAUGUGUAUUGGAAAGGAUUGCAGUUCCUCAUUUCCUGCA